CCUCCAAUCUCAACAUGGCUUCCACGUCAGAUAUUAAACCAUGGCUCCGCGCAGACCCUACAUCAUACAUUAUUACCCACGCCAAUGUUGUUGACGUUGUGAACGGUACAAUAAAGGAAAACCAGUAUGUGCUCGUCCACAAUGGGAAGAUCCACUCAGUCACAGCAUCUCGGCCAAAUCCAACCCCCCCAAAAUAUGAAACUGUGAAUUGUAAUGGCAUGUACAUUUGCCCUGGCCUAUUCGACGCCCACGUGCACUUUGUCGCCGUUCCCGGCUUCAGAGAUCUCUCCAUGGCAUUUGGGAAUUUCAACGAUGUAUCCCUCCUGCGACAGCCGUACGUCGCCGCCCAAAUGCUCCAUCGCGGGUUCACGAGUGUACGCGACUGCGGAGGUGCUCAGCUAGCCUUGAAACAAGCAAUUGAAGACGGCGUGUUCGCCGGACCAAGAUUAUUCAUUGCCGGUCACGCCCUGUCGCAGGCAGGAGGCCACGGAGAUAUUCGCGCCGCGCACGACCACGUACAAUGCUGUGGAGGACAUACCAACGGCCUCGGGCGCAUUUGCAAUGGGGUGCCUGAAUGCAUGACAGCCGUCCGCGAGGAGAUUCGCUCGGGCGCUGAUUUCAUCAAGAUCAUGGGCUCCGGCGGUGUCUCGACCCCGACAGAUCGGUUGGACCAAUUGCAGUUUACUAAAGCCGAGAUCCAGGCUAUGGUGGAAUGUGCUGAAAAUGCGGGUACUUAUGUUACUGCACAUGCCUACACGCCGAAGGCGAUUAUGCAUUGUAUCAACAAUGGCGUGAAGGGAAUCGAACAUGGCAAUUUUAUUACCGAGGAAGUCGCUAAGAUCAUGGCUGAGCGGGGUAUCUACUUGACUCCAACACUUAUCUCAUACGCCCAAAUGGAUUCUGAACGCUGGAGGGGGUAUCUUCCCGCCGACGGACAGGCGAAGAAUACGGAGGUUCUGAGUGCUGGCAUGCAGAGCUUGAAAAUCGCGUCGGAUGCGGGAGUCACCCUCUGCUACGGAAGCGACCUUCUUGGUCCUCUAGGAAUAGCGCAGACGGGGGAGUUUGCGCUCAGAGCGCAGGUUCUCAGUCCGUUGGCCGUCCUGCAGAGCGCGACCAUCAACCCUGCGAAGAUGAUGGGCCAGGAGGAGCGGAUUGGACAAAUCAAAGAGGGAUUUCUGGCGGACAUACUUUUUCUGAAUAAGAAUCCGCUCGAGGAUGUCACUAUUUUCGACCGUCCGGAGGAAUGUGUUCUUGGAGUGAUGAAGGAGGGUCGUGUGUAUAAGAGCCGCUGGGAGGGGCUGAAGGAGGAUGCGCAAAUUCCAGUGAGGCUGACGCCAUCUAGACAGUAGUAGUGUCCCCUCUCCAGUGAUAACAUUGAAUAUCAACA